AUGAUAUUACUAUUUAGGGGUCAAACAUUAAGAUCUACAAUAUUUAAACAUCCAUUACAGCGACAAAUAUUCGCCAAUACACCAAAAAGACUAAAAUCAUACAAAAUACAAACUAAUAUAGAACAAGUGAAGAAUUUAACCGAUCAUCAUAACUCUACAGGAAAAAGAUUUUUUACUAAAAGAAGAAUUUUAAUAGGCUCUAUAAUCGGAAUUGGUGUAUUUUAUUAUGAAACUAAUGAAAAUGUUCAUUCCCUAUUGAAGCAUAUAUACUUAUUGUCCAAGAGAGUAGGAAUUGUGGCAAAUGCCACAAUUCGUUGUUUUUACUACUAUAAGCAAGUACUAAAUAUAAAAUUUGAAACCAAUGAAGAAAGACUUAAAGCUCUUAGUGAGUGCCAUUUAAGAUGCGCAAACAUCACUUUGCGUGCUCUAGAGAAAAAUGGUGGUAUUUUUAUUAAAUUGGGACAACAUGUUAGUGCGAUGACUUAUGUAUUGCCUCCUGAGUGGACACAGACCAUGAUACCUCUGCAAGAUAGAUGUCCUGAGUCCACUGUUGAAGAAAUCGACUCAAUGUUUGCGCAAGAUUUAAAAUUACAUAUAGAUGAAAUUUUUGAAAAAUUUAACAGCAAACCAAUUGGUGUUGCUUCAUUGGCACAAGUUCAUACUGCAGUGUUAAAAGAAACGGGUGAAAAAGUUGCCAUUAAAUGCCAACACCCUUCUCUGAAAGAAUUUAUACCAAUUGAUAUCAUGCUAACACAGACUGUUUUUAAUCUAUUAGAUAUCGUAUUUCCAGAAUAUCCUUUGACUUUUAUUGGUGAUGAAUUACAAACCUCAAUAUACGUUGAAACUGAUUUCAUUAAAGAAGCUAAAAAUGCAGUUCUUACAGAAGAAAAUUUCAAAAACUAUAAAAAGCAAACGGCAUUGCGUAUACCAAAAGUCAUUGCUGCAUACAAAAGAAUCUUAAUUAUGGAAUACAUAACAGGGAAUAAAUUAGAUGACUUAAAAUUUUUAGAAGAAAAUAAUAUUUCUAGAAGUGAAGUAUCAUCAUGUUUAUCACACAUUUUCAAUAGAAUGAUUUUUACGCCAAAUAUUGGUGUCCACUGUGAUCCACAUGGUGGAAAUCUUGCCAUAAGAUUGAAACCUCAAAAUGACUUAAAUAACCCACAUAAUUUUGAAAUUAUCCUGUUUGAUCAUGGACUUUAUAGAUAUCCAUCAACGGAGUUAAGAAGAGAUUAUGCAAAAUUUUGGCUGUCAUUAUUUGAUCAUGAUAUUGAGAAAAUGAAAUUUUAUGCCAAAAGGUUUGCCAAUAUAUCAGAUGAACAAUUCCCAUUGUUUGCUGCUGCUGUUACGGGUAGAAGUAUUGAUACAGUUUUGAAUCGUGAUAUUAACUCUGUAAGAAGCCAAGCAGAAAUUGAUGAGAUGACUGAAGGGAUAUUAACAGGCCAACAUUUAUCUAACUUAAUGAGCAUUUUAUCAACAAUACCACGAAUUGUAUUAUUAAUUUUAAAAACAAAUGAUUUGACCCGUUAUUUAGAUGAGUCACUGCAUAAUCCAUUAGGACCAGAAAGAACCUUUCUUAUAAUGUCACAAUACUGUGCUAAAUUGAUAUUUGAUGAAUCUAUUGAAGAAAAUGAUGAGUUAAAUCAAAUUGGUAGCAUAAAGUGGAUAUUCCAAUACGUUAAGAAUUGGAUAAAAUAUGAAAUUAGAAUUAAUAAGUUAUUCAUAUAUGAUACGAUUCUAUGGAUUCAUCAACACUUCAAUAGGCUAUCUAUCUAA